CUAGCUGUGAGGGACCCAAGUCAAGUACCUUCUCUGCUCUCUUUUUCUUCUAUUUAUUUUUCUCUCAAGCUCUGAAUGUUUUCACAAAGCUUUAAAAGAGAGAGAUUUGUAGAAUGAGAUAUGGUGGGACUAAGUAUAGUCUUGGAGAACCAGAAGUCUGGUAGUUCCAGCAGCCAGAAAAGCCCUCAAGUUAUCAACAAAGCCACUAUGAAUAUGAACAAUAAUAAGUUCUCUUCAUCAUCAUCUUCUUCUCAGUCAAAUUUCCCAGUCCCUACUUUUCUUCAGCGAUGCUUUCUCUGCCAACAGCCUCUUUUGCCAAGCAAAGAUAUUUACAUGUACAAAGGAGAGAGUGCUUUUUGUAGCGUGGAGUGCAGGUGCAGGCAAAUAUUUAACGAAGAAGAAGAUAGUAUUAAGAAAGAGAACUGUUCGUUGGCUGCCAUGAAACCAGCUUCUUCCUCAUCAGCAUCUGGUUCCCGUCGUAAAGGAAACAAAAACCGAGGAGGAGGAGGUGGCGGCGGCUUUGCUUACUGAGGAAGAAAAAGAUGAUGAUCACCAGGAACUGAAAAAAAUGGUUUUUUUCAUUUUAAAAAAACUAUCUUCCAGUUUUACCCAUGUCUAAUUUUGUAAUGACUAUUAAGUGCUAUGUCGUCUUGCUCCUGUGUUUGAAGCCAAAAGGGCAUUUUACUUUCUAGCCCACGUAUCUAUGGAACCCCUGGUUUGAUUUUGCUUCCCGUUCUCCUGAAAGUCUGGAAUUUUUUGUUUUUUCUUAAUUUUCUUUUAUUUUUCAUAAUGUGACGUUUAAGGGUAUUUAUGGUAUUUUGCUGUGGUAUUUGCUU